GUCCGCUGGCCACGGAAAGCAGCACUGACGAACAGGGUCUGAGAGCUCCAUGUGAUCAUGACCUUCAUCCGUUCGAGAUGUGAAUGAGAGCGCUCGGAAAAUUUUCCACAGUCUAUGGUGUCUGGCAUUUCGAAUAUGUGAAUGCGGGAGGCUCUUUUCAAGUCGGACAUAUUCUUUUCACAGAUAUGAAUCCGAAGCGCCGAGACUCGAACUGUGAGAGACGCUCGCCCGAUGUGUACUCGACUUCAUCAGCUGCAUCUUCCACGAAAAAUACGAAUUCCCACAGAACCCAAAUGCAGAGGCCUUUGAGGAUGGAUCUGCAAGACUGUCUGCGUGAGAUGAACUCCGUGAUGCGAGUUCUCGACAACACACGCCUGGACCCGCAGAACCGCGUCGAUGAGCUCAACUCGAUUUUAGACGGCGGUCCGUUGGGCCUUUCGCUCUCAACUCAAAGUCUAGCGUCGAGUUCCAGCGCCUUAUCGCCGGAAAUGGAAAUUCUUCUCAGAAAUCAGCAGACGCUCUUGAAGCAGAUAGCUGACAGCAAGUCGCAGCUGUCCGUGCUCGAGCAGCAGUACCAACAGCAAACCGCAGCUGCGCGAGAGCCGAUGAAGAUUGCGUCCGCGAGCAGUCGUGAGGUCAACGCUUCGAUCAGAGUGUCCCAAGACGCGAACGCUCUCGUCGAGCGUCUCAAAGCUCAAGUGGAGCAGACGGCUGAAGAAUAUAGAAGACUGCAGGACGCGCUCGAAGGAGCCAGAGUCACUCAGAGGGAAUUGACUCCCUAUGAGAUGGAGGAAGACGUUUUCGAGCGAGGAGACCCCGAAGGAGACGCGCCCGUGUCCGACGACAACAAAAUGACAAUACAAUCGAACCCGCGUUUUGUGAGGAGGAUGAUACCCAACGGGGCUCCGAUGAGCGCCCCUUACAACUCGGAAACGAUGAGUUUCGAUUUCCCCGAAACUCCAGAACAGUCCGAUAUUGAGGAGAAAGUCCGAACUCUCGCCGAGACCAAGCAGCAGAUCGAUGCUCUCCGGGGAAUGAUCACCAAACUUGAGGGUCGGGGAAAUCCAACGCCUUCGAAAUUCACGCCCAGACCCGUCCCAGUCUACCCACCGAUGAACCCGGGGCAACAGAAACGCCGCCAACAGCUGCGCGAAAUCAAUCGGAGUCUGCACGAUAUAGAAACUCUGAUUCAUCGCGAAGUCGUUGGGCCUAAACGGAACCUUUCUGUGACGGAGAACCCCUUGCGGUCAGGCGCGAGACCGCGCUUCAACUCGUGCAAUGUCCAGCCCUGGGACAAUUAUCCGCUGCUCGAAGUACCGUUUAGAGGCUCCCAACCUCGGAGUUUGACCGAGGCCGCGACUUGGGGCGGCUCGAGCACCCAGGAAAAUUCGGACAACGGUGAAGUGCAAUCCGACUGCACGGAUUCGGAGAUAGAACGGCUCGCUGCGUUCAACCCGGUCCAAACGGGGGCGAGACCCAAAGUUCGGGAGGAGCCCGCAGGUGCUGCCUCCCACGCGGGGAGCUCGUGUGACAGUUGUGCUCAUUUAGCUGCGUACGUGCAGAUGCUCACGCUGAGUCUGGUGCAAGCGAAUGAAGUCAUCAAUGGACAACAGAAGGAGAUGGAUAAAUUGCGAGGGCUGCUCCGACCGCAAGCGCAGGACACCGCUCCUCCUGAACGUGGUGUCAGACCUCUCAACAAUCAGGUGACUCCGGGAGUGAGGGCCAACAACUACGUCGAUAAUCUCAAGAGUUUCUCCACGCUGAAUUUGUUGAGCCAACCGGUCGAGAGGAGGGUCCCGCAGACACCGCAGAGCGGUGAGCGCAAUGAUCUGAACCGAGACGAAGAGCGCCAGAGACGGAAGCCCAACAAGAACUCGAUGAAUUCCAUGAACCAGAUGAAUUUCUGCCGGUACUCCAGCAAUCCAGAACUGAACCGAGAGGAAGAGAACGUAGGUUAACUUAGUUUCUUGAAGGCCCCGCCGCAUCAACUUUGUCGCGAGAGGUUGGAGAUGCAGCCGGCUCUGGACGCCGCGACGGCAUUCCUGGCCUCGAAAGAAGGUGAACUCUGUACGCCCGAUAUCCUGAUCACAACAUGUCGAUGCCUGCUGGACCAGCUGACUCCCGCCGGCGUUUCGCACAAACACAUUUUACGGGUGCUGCAACCCAUGUUGGGACAAUUCCUCGCCCGACCCGUGAACCCCGCCCACAUCAUGGAGAAUCUGACCAGUGUCCUGCAGAAGGAACUGGCCGUGGUUCCCAAAAGUAACUUCAACACCUCUGAGCGAACUUUCGGGGCUGCUGUGUCGGGAAUCUCCGAUCGCUCGACAGCCGGGAACGAUCAACCUGAGGACGCCGAUGGUGCAAGUGAGGGGGAUGCCGAAGGUGGCGAGGACAUGGCCGAAGCCGACCAGGGCACGGAAGAGAAGGAAGGCGCUGUAGGAGGCCGCGCAGCCUCGACGGAGCAGACGUCAAGUCGGGAAAAAAGCGCUCAGGGUUCUCCAGACAUAUCUUCCGUGACCAUAUCUUCUAGCACCCAAGAGCGUUUCGCGCCUGAAGACGAUCAUUAG